AUGCCGUUGAAGUUACUGGCAAGAGAUUCAAAGGCAAAAAAGAUAUACAGAACCGAAAAUAAGUCAAACUUUACGCUUAAUCACUGCUAUCGUAUUCUGUCAAAACACCCACAGUGGCUAAAUAGCCUGAUUGAAAAGCAAACAAAAACCAAAAAGCAAACCCAAGACCAAAGCCAUAUCGAAACACAACUGCCCAAGCUUAAGAAAUCAAAAAAGCCGAGGACUACUUUCACGAUUGUUGAUGAAGAUGCCACUCAAGAUUUACAAGAAUACCAAGUGCCUUUGGUCCUCCCAGCUGCAGUCAACCCAGCAGAUAAAACUCGAAAAUCGCUGAAAAGAAAAACCUUUGAUGAUGCCGAUGAUGCUGAUAAUGCAAAUGAAAAUUCAAGCUCUAGUGCGAGUGCAAUUAGUGAUAGUGAUAAUGGUGAAGAGCCGCUUAUUCUCAACAAAGACAAAAUGAUCCACCAAAUGGUUGAGAUGUCUAAUAUCAUGAUGAAAGCCGUGGACUCUAUCCAGAAAGGCACAUAUUUUAGCGAAUUGAGCUACCGAGCCUUGGAAAGAAAAACAGCUACCCAGCAGUCGUUGCUCGACCUUAAGAUAAUGACCACUGAUGCAAAUUCAAUAGUAGAUCUUGACAAUCGCCAAUGGCUCGUGAAUUUGCAGAAACAAAUUAGAGAAAAUAGUAUUUAA